AUGGCUACCGAUCUGAAUUCGAUACGAAUAUGGCUUCGCAAAACUUUGGACAAAGCUCAAUACGCACAUCCUGAACGAGUAUUUCGAGAUAUUGACGCCACUCUGGCAAUGUUUGGCAAAUCGCUGGCUUUAAAGACAGAUACAUAUACGUACGAUGAUGGCAAAAGUAAAGCCUUGUUAUGUCUUCACGGAACAAUUCCGAUCACUUUCAAAUCAACACCAUAUAACAUUCCUAUCAACAUUUGGAUCCCAACGGAAUAUCCCAUGGCAGCACCCAUCGUAUUCGUGGUUCCGACCUCUAGUAUGUUAGUAAGACCAUCAAAAAUCGUUGAUGUAAGUGGUCGAUGUCAGCAUACAUAUCUACAGCAUUGGGGCAUUAAUCCGCAGGAGGAAUCAAAUAUUGUUACGCUAUGUAAAAUUCUGCAAAACAUGUUUGGCCAAAACCCACCAGUAUAUACAAAACCCACUUCACAACCUUCACCAGCUCCGCAAUUAUUACAUCAACCACCUACCAAUGGAGGUCAGAACACUUUAACGUCACCAGUUCUUCAUGCCUAUCAUCCACAGUCGCCAACACCUCCUCCUUUACCGCCUCCACCGCCUUAUCAGUCUGUUGCAACAAAUAAACCGGCUAGUAGACCGAGAAGUCGUAGUCAAGCUGCACCAGUUCCUCCACCGAAUCCACGGUACAUGAUUCCGUCACAAAAUCAUAUGUAUCAACAACAACAACCGUCACAGCAGCAUUCUAGUUCAUUGCCUAGGUUUCUACCUGGGGAAGAUUCUUCACAACUUCAUAUUUCAAGUAUACUUGAUGAUCCGUCACCACCUUUUGUCUCACAGCCUGCACCAUUGCCAACAACACAAAAUCCAGAGUUGGUAAAACUACAGUCUGCGGUUUAUGAUAAAGUAAAAAAAAGUUGCAAUGAAUACUUUGAAAGAUCGACGCCAGAAAUACAUAGGAUAAUGGGUUGUGGUGAACAGCUAAAUAAAAGCAAAGAGCGCAUUAACCAGGAACGUGAACAUUUACAUAAUUUAGAAAAUAGUAUAAAAGAAAAAACCGAAUUUUUAAGGAAUAAAGUGGCUGAAAUUGAUAGGUUAAUAGAGAAAGUCACAAACAUGCCAGAAGUUUCAGUUGACGAUGUCCUAUGUGGAACAACCAUAGUAUACAACCAGUUAUUUGAAUUGGUGGCAGAAGAAAAUGCAAUCGAAGAUACAAUUUAUUAUUUAGGAAAAGCUUUAUCCACUGAGAGGAUAGAUUUGAAUACAUAUAUGAAGAAUAUUCGCACACUAGCGCGGGAACAAUUCAUGCGUAGAGCUCUAAUCCAAAAAAUUCGUCGACAAACAGGCUUCGACAAAUCAGGCCAUUGGUGA